AUGGCAUCCUUUUCAACGUACAACACUUCCUUCAACACUGAUUUCUGUUUGCAAUUGGCAUACAAAGUUCUUCAGAAACAAACAGAAAAGGGUUCCAAUUUCGUGGUUUCUCCAUUAUCUCUUCAUCUCAUAUUGAGCCUUGUGGCUGCUGGAUCUAAAGGAAAAACCUUGGACCAGCUUCUUUCGUUUCUGGGAUCAAAGAGUAAAGAUGAACUCAACUCAUUAUCUUCACAAUUUCUUUCUCGUUUAUGGCGUGCCGAGGACACCAAAAGUGUAGGUCCAAACCUAUCUCUUGUUAAUGGCGCUUGGGUAGAAAAAACUUUUGGUCUGAAGACUAGUUUUGAAGACAUAGUCAAAAAUGUGUACAAAAGCCAAAUUGAAGCGGUUGACUUCACCAACAAGGCUGAGGAAGUUGCACAAGAAGCAAACUGGUGGGUCGAAAAUGCAACUAAUGGAGUCAUAAUGCAUAUUCUUCCAUCAGGUUCCUUAAGUCCGAAGACAACAUUAGUUCUUGCCAAUGCUCUAUAUUUCAAAGGAGCAUGGGAUAAAAAGUUUGAUUCGACUAUGACUGAAACUAGAAGUUUCAAUCUUCUUAAUGGAGAGAACGUAAAAGUUCCAUUCAUGACCUCUAAGAAGUGGGGAUCAUAUUAUUACAGAUCUUUUGAGAAUCAUUUCAAUUCCUUUGAGAAUUAUACAAUACUCUCCAUCCCUUACCAAUGUGGCAGCAACCCUUUCAAGUUCGCCAUGUAUUUCUUUCUUCCACAUGGGAAGCACGGCUUACCAAAUCUAAUUCACACUUUAAACUCAAAUCCCAGAUUUCUAAAUCAAAAUUUUGAGCUAAGGAGAGAGCAAAUUGCUGAACUUUGGAUCCCGAAAUUUAAGUUUUCCUACAAUCUGGAAGCCGAAGAGGCCAUGAGAGAAUUGGGACUUACUUUGCCUUUCACCCCUGCGGAGCUAACAGAAGUGUCAGAUUCUUUCUCCAAUGACAAGCUUCACGUUUCAAAAAUUCUGCACAAAGCAUUAGUUGCAGUCGAUGAAGAAGGAGCAGAAGCUGCAUCCUCCUCUGAUUUCUGGUCGGGUGCGCCGGACACAAGCUUUGUGGCUGACCAUCCCUUCGUCUUUAUGAUGAGGGAAGAGACUUCCAAGGCAGUGUUCUUCAUUGGAGCUGUGCUUAACCCUUUAUUGGAUUCUUAA